AUGUCAUACGCCGACGCUGCUGCAAAGGGCCCUAAGCAGGCCCCCGAGGAGGCUCGUGCUCCUUACGUUGGAGGAGUCUACAAGGACGAAUCCGAGAGCACAGCUUCGCUGAUCGAUGUCGACGGACCCCACGUGCAAUCUGUAGAGCCGGAGUUCCUCAAGCAGGAUGUCCAGACUACCACUCAGGCUGAGCGGAUAGAGCGCGAAGCCGAAGAGAAGGAGAAGCAGCGCGCAAGCGAGGAUGCCGAGAAGAAGGCCAAGGCCCGCAAGGCUAAGGCCAGCGGCAUCCGUGAAAACACCAGCAACCCCGUCUUUCUUGCCAACGCUGCUAUCGCGACUCUCGUUGGUGCCGGUCUCGGCUUCGGUGCUUAUCGGCAACACACGCAGGGCAGGCUGUCCUGGGAGCUCGUUGGAUUGUCUGCUGGUGCUGUUGGCGUCUUUGGCGCGGUGGACUACUUCGUCAGCAAGUGGUUCUUGCAGAACAAGUUCCCCCCGAAAUAG